GACAACCAAUCAGCUUCCAAACUGACAGUACACUAUGAAACAGCCAGCCAAUCAGAUUCUUAGAUUCUCCAGUACGGGCGGGAUGUGAGCUAUUAGCACUAGCAGUUAGAUUGCGCCUUAAGGCGUGAAAGGUGCUUGCUGCCAGCAGGUUAUCUAACUUUAGUUUAUUAUCCAACCCUUCAGUAUAUCAAUCGCCUCCCUCUCUGAAAUAAAUAUAACUUCUGUCCUUUAUAGCGUACACCGCUGUCGGCAGCAAAAGAGCCGCACACACAUCUACAAGGCCUCCAGUGACUGACUAGCCUCUUCAGUCUCCACGGGUUUUCAUAACAUAACAGUUAGCAGUAGCACACGAGCUUAAAGCGCCAACCCAAAGACGCGCUGAAACGCCGAGGAAUGAACCAUAAAAGUAAGAAACGGAUCAAAGAGGCGAAGCGGAGCGCCAGACCCGAGCUGAAGGACUCGAGCGACUGGACCAAACACAAUUACUGCGAGAGCUUUGAGCUGUCACACCGGACAGUGAAGGACAAUGUGGAGCGAGUGGACACCCAGCGUCUCAGUGCAGAGGAGUUCAUUCAGCGUUUUGAGAAACCGUAUAAACCCGUCGUUCUGCUGAACUGCCAAGACUCGUGGCCUGCCCGGGAAAAAUGGACCUUGGAGCGACUCAAGCGCAAAUACCGCAACCAGAAGUUCAAAUGUGGUGAGGACAAUGAUGGCUACUCUGUCAAGAUGAAAAUGAAGUACUACAUGGAGUAUUUGGAGUCAACCCAUGACGACAGCCCCCUCUACAUCUUUGAUAGCAGUUUCGGUGAACAUGCGAAGCGGCGCAAGCUUCUGGAGGACUACCAGGUGCCCAUUUUCUUUAGGGACGACCUCUUUCAGUUUGCGGGGGAGAAGCGGCGCCCUCCGUACAGGUGGUUUGUGAUGGGUCCUGCCCGCUCUGGAACAGGCAUCCACAUUGACCCGCUCGGCACGAGUGCGUGGAAUGCUCUGGUGCAGGGCCACAAACGCUGGUGCCUGUUCCCCACCCACACACCUCGUGAGCUCAUCAAGGUGACACGAGAGGAUGGGGGGAACCAGCAGGACGAGGCCAUCACCUGGUUCAGCGUCAUCUAUCCCCGCACACAGCAGCUCACCUGGCCAGCCGAGUUCAGACCGCUGGAGGUUCUUCAGCAUCCUGGAGAGACUGUGUUUGUGCCCGGUGGAUGGUGGCAUGUUGUUCUCAAUCUGGACACGACUAUUGCUAUGACCCAGAAUUUUGCAAGCACCACCAACUUCCCCAUUGUGUGGCACAAGACUGUGCGAGGUCGCCCCAAACUCUCCAGAAAGUGGUACCGGAUCCUGAAGCAGGAGAGGCCUGAUAUUGCUGCUUUGGCAGAUAAAGUCGAUCUGCAGGAAUCAACAGGCAUCGCCUCGGACAGCUCCAGUGACUCGUCGUCCUCUUCCUCCUCCAGCUCCUCCGAGACUGAUUCAGAGGCUGACUCGGGCUCUGAGGGCGACGCCAUGACCCAUCGCAGAAAGAAGAGGAGAACCUGUGGCAUGAUGGGGAACGGUGACAUCACAAGCCAGGACGACUGCGUGAGCAAAGAGCGUAGUUCGUCUCGGUGACGUGCCGCUCGACAACAGAGGGGCUGCGGCCAUAAUCGUCUCCUAGACCAUGAAAUGUCGCACUCUCUCUGUCUGUCACCCUCAGGAGACUCCUGUCCAUUAGAUACGAGAUCGCCGCUGUGUCACGUCUGAUAACAAACUCAGCCCUAGUGCGCUUUUAGAGCCAAAUAUCCAAAUGUGUGCUUGCCGGAGGAGCGUUGCAUGAAUGAGUGAGUGGGAGAGAAGGGAAACCCCUUCCUGUGUUGCCUUGUCUGAUGUCAGGCUCUGGACAGGAAGCUUGACGUCUCGCCAACGUCAUUAAUCUGCGUUUGAGUCAAACACAUGUCGUUUUUAUAUUUCACUGAGGUUAUGCGCAGAUAUACGUGUGAAAUGUUUCACGACCCCUCUGAGGUAAUACGGUUUGACCUCAUGUAUAAUGUUGCCUUUAGCUCUUUGAUCCUAGAAAAUAGAGUAUUUUAUUACCAAUUCUACAUUAUUCUCGAACUGCACUUAAACAUGGGUUUCUUGUCUCCGAGUUAGCAGAAAAUUAGCCCAUAGUACUUAAAACUGUUAAACAGCUGUGAUCUGUGGUCCCUUUUCUCACAAAAUCAUUAAGUCGCAGUAUUUUAGAUAGGCAAGACUAAACUUUCAAUUAGAAGCCCUUUACGAAGUCCUACAAAUGCACGAAUUAGCAAUUCCUUCUGAUAGCCUAUGAAUUAGUUCCCUCAUUUUAGUAAAUGUUGGCUACGUUGUAUUAAUUCGUAACCUCAUUUUAGUACAAUGUAUGCCAUAGUUUACUAAAAUGAGGGACCUAAAUAAGUCAUGGGAGUGAGUUUUUAAUUCAUGGCCAUGAUAAAUUAAUUUUGUCCGUAUGUCAUGUGCGGGGCAUGUGCAUAUUACCUAAAUAACAUUGUAGUUCAGCCAAAAGUUUAAACGCACCUUUCUUCGGUUGGAACUACUGUGAAUGCGCAAAAUGUCCGGAACGUUUAAACUGAUUAAGCACUCGACUUCGAGUCUAUUAGCAGUUGAAUUCAAUAGUUAAAUUAGCUCAAUCGAAUGAAAUACGAGGUGUUUUUCUUUUAGAACCCUUCUGCAUAAGGGAAACACUAGGAGGCGCUAGUGUUUAUUUAUUAUACAGUGCACAAUGAGCCAUGCAAAAGAGGGGGAAAAGCGUGCAAUCAUGAAAAUCUGCAUUUCCUGUUCAGAAUGGAAAAAGUGACUAGCCUAUAAUGUCUUAAAAUGGUUUUGUAUGUUUUGAAUUCUUUUUUUAACAGAAGGAAAUAGCUUAACUCCAAAAAUGGUAAUCUGUCAUGACCGAAAUGUUUCAGGGCUAUAAUAAUACACUCUAAAAAAUGCUGGGUUAAAAAGGGACAAACUCAGCUAUUGGGUUGUUUUGACCCAGCGGUUGGGUUAUAUUUAACCCAGCAUUUUUUAGAGUGUAGACUUCAUGUUGUGAUGGGUGCUUAAUGAUCAAAGUGAGUAUUGUUGAGGUGUUUGGGUGCUGUUUUCGUGUACGACCGUAAUCGUCUAUAACACGUCAAGGAGAAAGAUGUGGUUAAAAAGUGCCUAUUUUUUACCUGAUGUUGGUCAUUCAAGUUGCUUUGAGUGCUCAUAUUUCACAUUCUCAUAUCAUUUCUCAGAGCUGUGGUUUUGAAUUGCAAAUACUAAUGUUUUAAUGAAUGGCCUGUACUCUUAGAGGAAGCCUCCCAUUCUCAUCGCUCCAGAUCUUUUGUGUUUUCUCUAUAGGGUAUGUUCUUACUUAAGCUCCUCAUGUUCCAUAUUCAGCACUGGCUUGGUCAUGUGACACCUUGAUGUUGCUCAGAUCAAAACACAAUUAAUAAUUGUUUAAUAAAGGUUUCUAUGUAUUUAUCUUGGUGCAGUGUCUUUGUCCUGCAUUUGCAUGUUGUCCACUGGGCAUAUUUAACCGUUCAGAGUGUGACGUUACAUUCAAAUCACCGUGGCUGAUUAUUAUUGAGCAUUGCAUGCCAUAAUUCCUCUUUAUACGUCAUUGUGGUUAUUUAUGACAAGAUCAGUUUAAAAGGGGUGACGCACCAAAUACAAGUGGAAUGU